AUGGAUGCCAAGAAUUCAUUACCUAAAGCAAUAAUUCUUGAAGUGCCAAUCAAUGUCCCACUCAACCGGAUUCUAAAUAAUAGCGAAAAACUUCGCCGAAUCGAGAUAGCUACUCGUACAACCUUACAUUUCACCAAGAGUAACUAUAAUCCACGAGUAAUAAUUUACCCCGGACGAAACGCACUCACGACUGAUGCACAAAUGCGUGAGGCAAAAAGGCACGUGGAGCAUCUUUUUGCAACUUCUGAUGGCAUGGUAGACUAUAUAAAAAUUCCGAAAUCGAUUUGCCGAUCGCGCGAAAAAUUUAUUGAGGAUUUGUUGUCACCAAAGUUGCGAAAAAUUGAGGAUCAAUAUAAAAUUAAUGUGCAUCCCAGAAUUUAUAAGAGUGAUCUGUACGCUGUUUUCGUAAGAAAACAAAAUCCGAGAAGUGUAAUUGAAAAAGCACAAACAGAAGUUGAAAAAUUCCUUUCACAAUUUAUUUUUAUUAAACCUAAGGCACUACAUUCGAUUGAUUUCUCCGUCUCGAUCAAUAAUGAGGUCAUGCCGAUUGACUUGUUCAAGAAUAAAUUUCAGAAGGAAAUUUGUCAAAUCGAAGAUAACACGAAUAUAGAAUACGAUCUAACUAAUACUGAGAAACCGAAAAUUCAGAUCAAAGAACUUGAAUUCUCUAGUAAUAUGUUAGCUAAGAAAGUCGAAGCGCGUCAAAAAAUUCUGAAAAGUUCCGGCAAAAAAAGUACCAGCAUUUUAACUGGGUCAGCAUCUUUUGAAUAUUCAGAAAUCAUACCAUUACAAGGACCAAAACAAAACGACUCGUACAAUCGCGCCGCGUCUCAUUUUCUUGAAAAAAACUUGGAAAUUAAUGAGAGAAAAUCGGAAUUAAAUAUUAGUUCCAUGAAUGAAACUGAGAACUCGGAAUAUAACAUGUUGUAUAAUCAGUCCAAUACUGAAUUUCUUGCUAAAUGGAAUCGAUUUAAUACUCAGUGGUUGAAAAGCGGAUUUUACGCUCAAUUUGAAACUCUCUUUACUGUAAAUAAGUAA